AUGAGUUCUAUGGAAGAGGUGUUUUUAUUGGCUCUUUUAUGUGAAGAGGAAGAAAGGUUGUUGAAUCUGAAAAUUGGAAGCAUAAAUUUAAAUGCUGAAAAUACCGACGGUCUAGAUGAAUUUAUUCGAGAUUUAAAGACCAUUGUUGAAUAUCAACAGUUUCUCAUAAGAUAUGUUAAAGAUUUGAAUAAAUUAUUAUCUGUCCCAACUGCAUUGUUGAUGGUCUCCAGCGUUACAGAGAUGUGCAUAAAUAUGUAUAUUUUGUCGUUAAAUGGAGAUAUCAUUGACAAAACUAGAAUAAUAUUGGUCAGUUUGUGUAUACUUAUGGAAUACUCCUUGGUAUAUGGUCUACCUGCACAAUUACUGAUGGACGAAUUAGCAGCAACUGCAGACAUGAUAUAUCACGAGUGCGAAUGGUAUUUACCGAUUCUGCGGCCUCUACGAAAUGAUUUUUUGAUAAUAAUUGCCAGAAGUCAGAAAAGCGUUCGCUUAAGGGCUGGAAACUAUCAUGUGAUUAACAACCAAACUAUUUUACUAAUGAUAAAAACAGCAUAUAGCUUCUAUACAUUUCUACACAAUAUAGUCCAAAGAGCAAAUAACUGA